CUCCCCACUGACUGCUCCUUCUGCGGCCCUUUUCACCGUCGACUCUUCUCUCUGCCGACCCUUCUCCUCUGACUCUUUUCCCCGUCGACUCCUCUCCCACGAUUGCUCCACUAAUCGUGUUCUCGUGAUUGCUCCCGCACCAUUUGCUGCCGUAGCUACUGUACGUCGUCGCUAUAGUCGUCCUCAUCAUCUUCUGCAAUAACAUGGUGGAAUAAGGAUUCUCCAUGGGAGUCUUUCACCCUAACUACUGAUUUUGACUAGAAAAAAAAUACAGAACCUGUAAUGCAACUGGACACUAAGGCAACAGAUGGAUCCUACAUUGAGUUCAAAGACACUGACUUAGUUUGGCAUCAUCAAUAUGCUGAUCCAGAUUUUAUCUCUUGUCAGACUAAAGAACUCCUGGAUCACAUAGAAAAUGUGCUUGCUAAUGAGCCUAUGGUUGUGAAAAGAUGCCAACAUAUAGUUGAAGUGAAGCCCCAGGUUAUAUCAAAAGAAGUUCCAUUGAGGUGCCUCUUGGAGCUACAUGGGUUCAGGGAACAAUGCGAACUUCAGGAUUUGAUACAAUUCCGGUACAAUGCUUUGCUAACAUAUUAUGAAAUUGUGAACUUGCACUUUAUGUGAUAUACUCCUCAACAGAUA